AUGGUAAAUCCAGCUGGAUAUGAUGCUAAAGUUCAGCAAUUGUUGGAAGAGUGCAAAAUUUCCACAAAAUUGGUGAAUUACAUUGAAAAUUUUAAUUACCCCUAUGUUAAUGAUGUGCAAUUAUUUUAUGAACAAUUAUUGAAAAUUGGGCAAGGAACGUUCGGGGAAGUUUUCAAGGCAAGAUGUAAAAGAACUGGACAAUUUGUUGCUCUGAAAAAAAUUCUAAUGGAAAAUGAGAAAGAAGGGUUUCCAAUUACUGCAUUACGUGAAAUAAAAAUGCUUAAGCUUCUUCGACAUCCGAAUAUAACUGAAUUAAUCGAUGUCUGCACUUGCAAGCAAAAGAAUGCACGAGAACGUUUUUCUUUUUAUUUGGUUUUUACUUUUUGUGAACAUGAUUUGGCUGGACUACUUAGUAAUCAAAAAAUAAAAUUCAGUUUAGUUGAAAUUAAAACAAUGGCUAAGCACAUUCUCGAAGGCUUGAACAAAAUUCACAAAAGCAAUAUUUUACAUAGAGAUAUGAAAUCAGCAAAUGUAUUAAUAACUGCUGGAGGAGUUCUUAAACUAGCAGAUUUUGGGUUGGCUCGAUUAAUGAUUAGUAAGUUUUUUACACUUUUAUUUUAUUGUGGGUGGAGAUUCGGGUAUUCCAAGUGUGGAUUUAUGCAAUUAAUGAAACAACAAGAUUACCGAUAUACAAAUCGCGUCGUCACACUUUGGUAUAGACCACCUGAAUUAUUACUUGGUUCAAGUAGUUAUGGACCUUCAAUUGAUAUUUGGGGAGCUGGAUGUAUAAUUUCUGAACUUUGGACUAGGUCUCCAAUUUUACAGGGGAACACUGAACAAGAACAAUUAAUUAGGAUUGCUAAAUUGUGUGGAUCAAUAAAUUGUCAGACAUGGGAAGGCUGUGAAGCCUUACCUUUAUAUUCAAAAUUAAAAGCAAGUGGUUCUGAAAUGCAUUCUGCUUUGAAUAACGCACUUCCACAAAACUAUCCACGUCGAGUUAGAGAGAAAUUGUUAAUGUUUCUUGAGGUUUAUUUUUUAAUUUUGCAAAAUUAUCUGAAUUUUUUAGCACAACGAGCAAGCAAUUUCUCUUAUUGA